GGCUCCGUCGCUCCCGCGGUGCGAGGCGCUCUCGCUGCUCUCCUCCUCCUCCGCCGCCGUCGCCCCUCCCCCCACGCAGCCGCCGCCGCCGCCGCCGCCGCCGCGAGACCCCAGCGCGCCGCGCUCCCCCCUCCUUCUCUGGCCCCGCGCGCCCUCCGGCCCCUGCGGCCCCCGAGGAGAACAAGAGGGCGAGCGAGCGCGGCGCUCCCGGGCCGGCCCGGCCCCCUCCCUUCACCAUCGCCGGCCCUCCGCCGCCUUCCUCCGCUUCCACCUCCUCUCCCCCCCCCCAAGUUGAGGCCCCCUCCGGGGGGGGGAGGCCCGGGACCAGGAGCGAAUUCCCUGAACUCCCUCAACCCCUUCCCCCACCCGGCCCGAGUGUGAGGAGAAGGGCCCGGCCCGGCCCGCGUCGUGUGUGAGGAGGAGCCCGGGAGGGCCCACGGGCCGUCUGGGGCCUGGUCCGGCCCGCCGGCUGUGUAAAGGCAGGGGCCCGGGGCGGCCCGGCCCUAGGGCAAGCGGAGGGGAGGGGCCUGGUCCGGCCCGGCCGGUGCGUGAGGACUGGGGCCCCGGCCCGGCGCCGUCACCGCCGCGAUGGCCCAGCAGCAGAUGACCAGUUCGCAAAAGGCCCUGAUGCUCGAGCUGAAAUCCCUGCAGGAGGAACCGGUGGAGGGCUUCCGGAUCACCCUGGUGGAUGAGUCCGACCUCUACAACUGGGAGGUGGCCAUCUUCGGACCCCCUAACACCCUCUACGAAGGCGGCUACUUCAAGGCGCAUAUUAAAUUUCCUAUUGACUACCCAUAUUCACCACCUACCUUCAGAUUCUUGACCAAAAUGUGGCACCCCAACAUUUAUGAGAAUGGAGAUGUUUGCAUUUCGAUUCUUCAUCCGCCUGUAGAUGACCCACAGAGUGGAGAACUGCCCUCUGAACGGUGGAAUCCUACACAGAAUGUGAGGACUAUCCUAUUAAGUGUAAUAUCACUGCUUAAUGAGCCCAACACCUUCUCCCCGGCCAAUGUGGAUGCUUCAGUUAUGUUCAGGAAAUGGAGAGACAGUAAAGGAAAAGACAAAGAAUAUGCUGAAAUCAUUAGGAAACAGGUUUCAGCCACUAAGGCCGAAGCAGAAAAGGAUGGAGUAAAGGUCCCCACAACCCUGGCGGAAUACUGCAUCAAAACUAAAGUGCCUUCCAAUGACAACAGCUCAGAUUUGCUUUAUGACGACUUGUAUGACGACGACAUUGAUGAUGAAGAUGAGGAGGAGGAAGAUGCCGACUGUUAUGAUGAUGAUGAUUCUGGGAAUGAGGAGUCGUGACAUGCUCUUUCAAUGCCCCUGUACUGCCCUGCCAUCUCAGGCCAAAGGGAGGGGAGCAAGAGGGGACCUAGCAAUGGCCCCCUCAGCAAAAACCUAUUCACAGGGGGUGGGGAAAACAAACACAGCUCCUGCUGACUCCCCUUAUGGAUCUCAGUUUGCUCCUUUUUAUGGACCUUAAAUGGAGAGAGAGUAACCCUACACAGAAUGUCUGAAUUCUUGCAUUCUUUACCCUUCCAUCACUGUAUUGAUUCUUUUUUUUUUUUUUUUAAACAACAUCAACCCAAACUCCCGCCUCACUUCGUCUCUACAGAAUGUUCACAGCAAAACACGUUUGGUCUGUUUUUAGAUUCUUGAGGAAUUAAAUAGUCUUUCAAGACGUUUAAUGUGUUUAAAGCUGGGAACCUCUUGGGAGUUCACAAGUGCUGCAUAUACUGGGUAGCAAAAGAAAAUGGAAAAAAAAAAACCUACAAAACAAAGUUCAAAAAAACAAACAAACAAAAAAAACAAAUUUGCCAAGGUUUAGCUGCUCAUUUACAUUAGUGUGUGCACAUUCGUUCGGCCCCAUGGUGGUGAAUUUUGUUUCUUUCCCUUCCUAAGGCUGGGAUACAGUGAGCGUCAGGGACUUCGUGCUAAGCCUGAUGAGAUGAGCUCCUUCAGCCUCCAUGAAAUCAUCCUAACGUGGAGCCCUCGGCUACUUUGAGAGAAAUCAGAUUUUGCUUUUUGAAAUCGAUUGGGAUCUGAAGCCUGAAAUAAAUAUUCAUACUUUACAUAGAACUGAGCACUUGGUUGCCAUUUAUUUUAAAAUUUAAAGGCAAGGUUGUUAUUUUUCCCCCCAGGGAGUGGGGCGUGUGGGGGAGAAGUGGGGAUUAGUGUAUGUGUGGAUUCUUAGGGAUGGAAAUAAAGAGUUAAAAAUCACGAUGCCAAUUUUGGUUGAUGCUGCUGGGGGGAAAAAGUCAAAACUACUGGUGACCACCGUUGGGAGAGGAAAUACCUGUUGUAUGUAUUUAACAUGGCCUUCCCCUCCAAGAUAGAUAAACUCUCACCAUGAGGUUUUUCAAAAAGUAGUCACUUUUAAUUACUCAGCAUUAAUUCUAGGUGCAUGUAUUAAGAUUUUGGUUUUCAUCGAGCUGCUUACACUGACAAACAUGGAUGCGUGUGAGACAUGAGUGACCGGUUCUCACAUUCUUCAUUGAAGUGAUCUGGACUUUUUUCUCCUUUCAAUGUAGUUUGGUUGUGGAGCGCCAAGCAGAAAUGGUGCGUUGAGCUCCUCGUGGGUGUGUCUCUUCUGGCAGGGCCAAGGGCGUUGACUGCAGGCAGUUUCCAGUCUCCAGGCAGGCAAGGCUCAGAGAUCUUGCCAUACCAUCACUGCAGCUUUGAUUUCCCAGGUCUCAAUCAUGUGUUGCUUCAAUCAAAUACUGAGAUCCAGCAGCCUUCAGCAUCCAGAAACUUCAAACUUGAAGGUGAUUUUUGGUUGUUAUGGGGGGUGUGUCAGUUCAUAGAAGGGCAUUGUUCUUUGGGGAAAACUGCUACAAUGUAAAAUCAGAUUUCAGAAAGAAGAUACAGCAAGGACUGAUUACAGUCCUACUUAAGAUCCCUGUGCACUAGUGUCAACUCCUUUUUCUUCAGAUCAUAGAAAGAACCAAAGGGCAGAUUAGGGACAGGGGUAGGAUGGAUCCUAGGAUGGUCAGAGUAAAUGAUGCUUACUUCCUUAGCUCCUCCUUCCUUUCUGAUCUCAGGGUUUUCAUUCGCUCUUUAAACUUACCCAGACAUAUGCUGACUACUUCCCAGCAGCCCCAGCCUUCUCUGGCCUGUAAAGUUUGGUAUUAAAUGGGAAUAUUUAACACGCUAAGGUUCUUAAGGGACACCGUUGAGCCUGGUCCCAGAAUCUCUACGGGGUCAGGGCUGCUACUUGCACCCUGAACCUUUUAAUUCCAGUCAGAUUCAUAGGACAGAGCAGUUCUGUAAUAUGCUCUUAAGUUGUCUGACUACAAACUUUCUUAGAAGAAUGUUGCAACUACCUUUUUACUCCCCACACUUCUCAAAUAAUGCUUCCAGAUAAACUGCAAAAUCUUCUGGAGCCAAAGCCUCUCACAGUACUGAUUUACCUCCCUACCCACUACCCCCUCCAAACACACACGUGUGCGCGCAAGUUUACAGCCAAUAGCUUGGUCUUACUCUCUUGGAGCCCUAAAAAUCAAACCUUUCAUUCCCCUUACGCAUCUCACGCCCAGGGCAGGCCAGGCACCAUGACAUUUUGGGAGGUGCUGUGCUGCUCAGCUGUCACAUUAGGCCCUGUUGGCCUAAUUAGGCCUCUGUUGCACGUUGACUCAGGGAGCCGGAGCGCUAAGUGGAGGCUGUACCUCUCAGCCCUUUGGGGUGUUACUAUUGAGGGCUGCGUUUGCCUCUGAUGAGUACAAUCAGUUCCAGAAGACUGGGGUGUGUUGGCUUGGUAGCAGAUAGACAUUCUGAUAGUUUAGACUUAUAAAACCCAGAUGCUGGUUCCAGAGCUCUGUCCCUGAGAACACAUCCUGUGGAAAAAUAGUAUAUAAUUUUUAUUUUUGGGAGGUCUCAGGCUUAAGGCAGAACCUUAUGAGUACAGUUGUGCUGAUUAAAUUUGGUGUGCCGUGAACUCAAAAUCCUGCAUUUUUAGGUUCCUUUUAAUUCUAAUUAAGGCCUCACUGGGUGCGCUUCAGUUCUGUGUGUAUUUUGAGGCUGGGUGGAGAAAGUAUAAUAUGAUUCCGUUGUUGCUUCUCUGAAAGUCUUCCCUCUGCCCUUUUUCUUAUCAUUCCAGAGUUCUUUUCUAUUAGCCAAACUUUUUUGUAGUCCAUUCUUUCAACCCUGCCCUGGCAAUUUGCUUCUUUACUUGCUGGUUUCCUUAUGUUUGGGGAAUACAUAGUAAGAGAUUGGAUGGGUAAAGUGUGUGGUUCUCCACUGAAAAUUAACUCUCCACCCCUCCCACCCUGAUAAACAAGGUUUACAUUUACAACUAAAAAGAUUCAGAGAUGCAAUUUUCAACUAUUCUGAAACCAGCAGGACACACCUGACUUUAAUAGUUUUCUUAGCUGAAAUUGUAGAUGUUUUUCUUCAGUUUAACUUAUGAGAAAAGAUUAUCUGAUGCAUUUUGUGUUGACUUCCCUUUUAGUGAUUUAUUUUGUCUUUUUCUGCCCAUCUGUCUAUUAAUAAAAUGUGAAAUAAAAUAUACCUGUAUUGCUAUUUCCCCA